CAUACCUUCGUUGGUUCGUCCAUUCGCUCGUUGGUUCAUUCGCAUGUUUGUUCGUGUCUUUGGUUGGUUCGCACGGCUUAUUCGCUUGAGUUGACGAUCCUCAACAGCCUUUGGAUUGGAUUGGAUUUCCUUCUUCGUAUAACUUCUCUUUCUUUUCUUCACUUUGUCCCUACUACAGCCGGAUUCCUGGCCACUACACUGCGGUAAAUGUCUGCAGCGGACUACACACCGAGCGCUACACGUAUCGCCUGGUGUGUGUCUCCCUUAUUCGUGUACGUGUUUCUUAGGAUCAGGCUUAGUGUAAACCAACAAGCCCGAUUUCCCGUUCUAUUAAGUUUUAUAUGACCACAAAGCUGACAAUCACACUCACAAAAAAGAACAUGCGCCUGUUCAUGCUCUACUUCCCGGUUCACUACUUAUUCCACUGAAACUAUUUCUCGAAGUCCUUUGAUAACGUAACUUUAAAUCUGUUCUACAGUAAUGCCUCUUUCAUAUUUUACUUCCUUUGGUCUGACUGCUCGCUCGCAUUCUUUUCUAUUUUUUUUUUCUUAUGCUGGUCUUUAUCAUUGUCCUUACUUUUUCCCUUUCGCGGUUUUGAAUAAGAGUUUACUCUAUACUACCUCUUGCCGCCCGAUUCCUGGGCUAUCCUUCUUAGCCGGCACGUGCCAUAAAUGUUGAUUAUCAUCAGCAGCAACAGCAGCGGAAUUCCCGAGCUCGAGCCAGGCGCCACGCGAACAUUCGGCCAUCUCGGUAUUAUUCGAGGAGCAGGCACUUGGCAGGCAAAGCCGUUGAGUUCUCUUUGCCGAAAUGGCGUUUCGCAUCUUCGUCGGCUGCUGCAUUUUCGGCGUGGGAUGGUACGCGGUGGACAAGGUGCGGCCCGGGCUGCUCCCGCAAAUUAACGUGGCCGGCAGGAUCGCAGCCCUCCGCAGUUCAGCGGUCCCUGCAAUCGAGGACAAGGAAGGGAAGGACACAAAGGACACCGCCAUCAAGGCAAGCCGACAGUUUGAAACCGCGAGCGCUGUCCAGUUGGAAGCGAACGCGAGCCUUUUGAGACAGAGCCUGGAAGCGAUGACUCGCAUGUAAUACGUGCCCGGCUACCGAUGUUCACAAAAAUUCUCCGCAGGGAACCGGCGUUGGUGAAUCCGGCUCAGCGACUCAAGGCCUCGAGGCACCUGCCGGUGAUCUUGGAGUGGAAUCUUUGGAGAACAUUGAUGACAACGCUGCGCGCGUGUGGUCGAGGGCGCGAACCAUUCUUUCCGAACGCAUGAUGGACGCACUGGUGUCCACUGAGUUGCAACAUCUUGUCCGAACCACCUGGGCAGCUGUGCAAGACAGGAAGUGGGUGCCAGACAUUGGCUACGACAAGGCAUGCCUCCUGCUGGCGUCAAUACUGUGCCUCAUCAUUGCAACGUGGUGUUGUAAAAGUGGCCCAAAGAAAACCACAAGCAAUGCCGACACAUUGCCAGCGAACCCCAUUCAUGGCAUGGCUGUCGACUGGAAAUCCAACUUCAGCAUGUCCGAUAUGGCUCGUCUAAACAUUCACGGUUAUCGACAUGAAGGCGGCUACAUCUACCCGAGAGGAAUAGCAGCCGCCCAGUUGUCGAAGGAAGAUGCGGCGGCCGCGGUGAUUCAGCGCUGGGCGCGCACGGAGUUCAAGCGCUGGCUUCUAGACCGCACGUCGUCCCGGUCCAGCAUCGACACUCCGCCGCCGAACAGUCAGUGCUGGAUCGAUGAAGACUACGGCGCCGUUGUCAACACGCUGCUCGAAGAUUCCAGUGUGAGCGCCGACGCUCUGGGACCUCCAGGAGGCGAGCGUUGCUCCGACAACGAGAUUCCCUCCGAGAAGCGCGUCUCGGAGAAAAAAUACGAAGGUGGCGAUGACGCAGAAUCGCGUCCGGAUAUUCGGUGCCGCAGGGGGCUCUCGCUUUCCUCUGCGAAGCUCUCCAAGGCUGUACUGAGGCUGAAGUCGCCCGCAGUCCAGCACGCUGCGAAGGGCCCGGCAUCCACGCCACCUUGAACUUAGUGGCCGCGUGGUAGAAAUUUUAGGUCUUUUUACUGGUCAAUUAAGGGGCCACAGAGGAACAAAAUUCUGGCAACUAAAAUAUGACCUAUCAGUUAAAACGGAACACUUGUCCUCUUUUUGUGCGUAUGUGUGAGC